ACACGGGUUCCUUCCGUUCUUUCCCCCUUUUGGCCGCCGCGUGAGAGCCUUCCCGCACCGUACAUCGGCCUCCUACUACUCGCAUCGCAUCUCAUCGCGGAGCAGCAAACUAGGGAGCACUACUGCUGCUGCCAGCCAAAUCCAAGCGGAGACCGCCGCCGCGACGAAACCCUAGACUAGCCGCCGGCGAUGGGCGACCCGCCGCCGGCCCCGCGCCGGCCGCUCUUCGACCUCAACGUCGCCGUGGACGAGUUCGAGGAGGAGUUCGAGGAGGAGCCCCAGGAGAUGGAGCAGGUGGUCGAGGUGCGGGAAGUAGUGGAGGAGGAAGAGGAGGAGGUGGAGGAAGAGGAGCCGCAGGAGAUGAUCAUGGAGGAGGACGAGGAGGAGGCAGAGGCCGCCGCCGAGGCGGCGCAGGAGGAGGAGGAAGACGCUAUCGUGGAGAAGGAAGUCGUGGAGGAGGCGGGGAUGAUGGCGGAAGCAGGGGAGGAUGAGGGCAGGAGGAAGAAGAGGAAGGAGUACGAGGUGUUCGUGUUUGGACUGCCGCCGGAAGCCGUGGAGGAGAACGUCGCGGGUGCGCUCGCUGAGGCCGGCGAGGUCGAGGAGGUCCGCCUCGUCCGGGAUCCGGCGGAACCGCAGCUCAAUAAGGGGUUCGCCUUCGUGCGCUUCGCUGAGGUCUGGCAGGCGCGAUGGGCUGCCGACGACCUCCGCACUGCUAAGAUCAAGGGGAAAGCUUGUGGAAUAUGCAAGAACAAUGAUAAUGAGACCCUUCAUCUGCGUAAUAUAUGCUUCGAUUGGUCAAAAGAUGAUUUAGCUGAGAAUCUGAAAACAUUUGAGUUGGAAAACCUUGAAGAUAUCAAUUUAAUUGAGCAUCCGGACAGAAAGGGAAAAAAUAGAGGCUAUGCAUUUCUUGACUUCAGUUCACAUGUGGAUGCUGUGGCUGGAUUUCUUAAACUACAGAAAAGAGAUUUAUAUCUUGGUACUGAUAUUAAAGCACAAAUAUCAUUCUCAAACACUAUUUCACAAGAUGAUAAGGUUAUGGAGAAGGUAAAAUCUGUUUUCUUGGAUGGCUUACCACCUCAUUGGGAUGAAGAUGACGUGAGGGAAAAGUUCGGAAAGUUUGGUGAAAUUGAUAAUAUACAACUUGCAAGAAAUAUGUUUACAGCAAAACGUAAAGAUUUUGGUUUCAUCAGCUUUACUACAAGACAAGCAGCUAUAGACUGCAUUGAUAUGGUCAAUAAAGGCCGUUUUGGUGAAGGUAGUGGAAAGGUUCGCAUGAAGGCUACUUUACAAAGACCAAAACCUACUUUCAAAAAGCCUUCAUGGCAAGGAGAUACUCACAUGUUGGGUGUCAGAAGAGGAUUUAUUGGCAAAAGUCAUGGUGAUAGAGAACCCUACCCUAACAGAUUUAGACAUUUAGGUCACGAAAGGCGUGCCUAUUCAAAUAAUUUUGCCCAUGGUAACUACCGUCACCAACCAAUGGUUGGUAGGUCGCCACCUAUGGCGGUUGAUGAUGGAGAAAGGCCUGUUUCUCUGCGAGAAUACAGAUCUUACUACAGAAGAGAUUCUGCAGUACCUGACCACAGCCAUAAAUAUGGAAGGGCACAUCCAGGUACCAGAAUUAGGGAGGGAUAUGAUGAAAGUCGAUAUGCUAGCAAAUAUCCAAAACAUAAGCAUGCAGCAUAUGAAGCAUCCAUGCAAAGAGAUGAAUACAGGAGUAAAUAUGGACAUUCAUACCUGGAAAGGGCACACAGCGAAUCUUGCCCAGAAUGCAUUCGAGGUGAUCAUAACUCCAGUGCUUAUCAGAAUGGUCGGUACUCCAGUGGUGACAAAGCUGGUCACCGUUAUCAGUGCCAGAAUGGUGAAGAAUUUUCUGCAACCAGUGGACCUCCGAAGGCUUUCUAUAAGACAGACCAUGAGCCCACGCCUUCAACGUCUCAAGGAGCAUCUCAGCGCAAGGAAACCUAUCGUGAGGACCCUCAGUCGAUGCCUUCAAGUCCUCCUGUUAUGUGUGAUUGUAGCGAAUGCUACAAGGAGCAGAAGGCAGCAGCGCCUCCAAGCUCUCAAAGCGCGGUCACUAGAACUCAUUCUAAUCCUCAAGUCCCCCCUCAUCGUCGGAUUGCUAAACCUUAUCAUGACCAGCGGAGCUUUGUGCCUGAUGAGUAUGAGGUGGAGUACACAAUCAGGGAACGGAGAGGCCGGUAUUUAUCUGCAAGAGACGGGCACAGUACUCACCCCAGGAAAUACUCUAGGCAAGGAAGAUAGAGUCCCAAAGUUCUCACAAGAUAGAAGUGCUCCUGUAGUUCGCUUGUGUUAUAUACUAGAAUUUGGUUUAGAGCAUUAAACCUGUGCAUGGUUGGCGUACCUUCUCAAUCGAACAACAGUAGUAUGGCAUUCUGAGUUAUGACAUUUGUAUGUUAACUCAUAACCUUUUUACCUUUUUUUCCCCGCCUACUACUGCAUCUUAUAGCUGCGAUGACUCUCAUAAAUAGAAAAUCCAAGACUUUGUGACUCGA